UAGUCAGUGGAAUUGGCUGUUUGAUGUGAGGAUGUGUGUGUGCAGGAGUAUGUAUGUCGAUGCAUGUUAAUAAAGAAUCUAAUGACUUUAGUCUGCUGACACCCUGAACGCCACCGAAUGGGCCCUAACAUACAAGUGCAUCAUGGGCUCCAGGAUAAAAGAAAACCCUGAAAAAACGUUCUACUGGUUCUUUCAAGCCUCAUGUCCAAUCGCCAGAGAUAAAGAUCCCGAUGUGCUGUUUCAGUUCCCUGAAGACUUUAAUGAUGAGGAGGCUCUGCAGUCCUUGCCUCGCUUCUGCUUCCCUUACGACAUAGAGAGGGUGAAGGACACUGUUGCCGUGCAGCACUUCACAUUCGUCUUGACCGAUCUGGAAGGAUGCCAGCGCUUCGGUUUCUGCAGACUCACGUCCAGCUCUCAGACCUGCUUGUGCAUCCUCAGUUAUUUGCCCUGGUUUGAGGUCUUCUACAAACUUCUGAAUAAUCUGGCUGACUACUCAACGAAAGGACGGACCAACGAGAUGAAAGAGCUGCUGUCGGUUCUCUACAAGCACCCCGUGCCUCUGGCCAAUGGCUCCAUCACAGUGCAGAUGGGAGGAAAGCUAAUGAUUGGAAGUGAGAUGCCUGGCAUCUGUGGACACGCAGGAAUCCCGUACUUUAUCGCACCAGAUCCCAAAGCUCUGCCCUCUAUUCCAGAGAGUAGGAACCUGACGGAGCUGGUGGUGGCGGUGGACGUGGGUAACCUGUUGCAGCUCUUCGCCAGCAUGUUGUUCGAGAGGCGGAUCCUCAUUUACUGCAGCAAACUCAGCACUCUCACGGCCUGCAUACACGCGUGUAACGGGAUGCUGCACCCCAUGUACUGGCAGCACAUCUUCAUUCCAGUGCUGCCGCCUCAUCUGCUGGACUACUGCUGUGCACCGAUGCCGUACCUCAUUGGAAUUCACUCCAGCCUGGCAGAGAGAGUGAGGAGUCGAGCUCUGGAGGACGUGGUCAUACUGAACGUGGACACCAACACCCUGGAGUCACCCCAUGAGGACCUGAAAAAGAUCCCGGCCGAUGUGGUGGCGGGACUGAAGGUCAGGCUGAAGAGACAGGCGGCGUCGGCCGGGUCAGGGGUCGCGCACGCUUUCCUCCGAGCACAGGCUCUGCUGUUCGGAGGAUACAGGGAUGCCUUACGGUCGUCUGAUAUAGUAUCUUCCAUUAUAAUCUCAUUUUGUUCUCAGUUUAUUGAUGGCCGGCUGAAAAUGCUGAACCAGGGCAAAGAGCCGGAUGAUGUGUUUGAGGAGGAGGUGCUUCAUUGUGGAUCUUCAUCUGGUCGCUCUAAAUUGCGUCGGCAAUGGGUGGGAAACUUAAAGAAAGGGGGUGGAGCCCUGAUCGUGACAUGGAAGUCUACAGCUAACAAAGCAACCAAAUAUCAUAGCAAAUUUGGGCUGAAAAACCUCCUGUCAUCAAAGGACCAAACGGAACCUCAUAUGCUACAGAGGGGCGGGUCUGUGUGUGGAACGCACACUUAUCGCCUCAUCCAAUCGGAUUGCCUUCAGAACCGUCUACCAAUCACACAGCACUUUGGCAGGUCUCGACCACAGCGGCCAACACACAAGAGUCCCAGCCACCAGGACAAUGAGCAACAGACAGAGGCCGACAACACCAGCUAUGAAGACAGUGUAACAGAAGGUCCUGAGCGGUGCUCUGCCACCAGCGACUUACAGGAAGACGAUGAUCUUUCUCUAUUGGCCGACCCGGAGGAGAUGGACCUGCUUGGAGAGAUCUUCGACACGCUGAGUGCCCAGAGCUCCAGAGAGCCGGGUUUACUGUACAGCACACGUAGCCUCGACCUCUUCAGCUCCGACAGCAGUGAAUUCAUCUCGCAUAGGAGUCUGACCAACCCAAGUCAGGAGAGUCUAAGCCCCUCUUUUGGAAACAGCGGCAGUCUCAUGAGCUGGGAGGAGGAGCUAGAGGAGGGGCCUGGUGGUGAGGGGGAGGAGCCUGCUGUCCUGACUGACAGGCCAGAAAAUGAGCUUAACGAAUUAGAGAAAGACUUGACCAAGCUAGGGGUAAAUCUGUGUUCAGAUCUACAAGUUCUAGAAGAUGCUUCGCUGGAUCCCGAAGUGGGUUCUCAAGAGGUGCAAGAGGACAGCUGGUCGAAAAAUGAUGGACAAAUGAACGGAACAAUGGAGGAAAGCUUGGAAACCGAGACAGUACUUGAAGAGUGUACAGAGAUGCAACCUGACAAAGAAGAAGAAUGUCAGAAAGAGCAUAAGACGACAAAUGACUUGGGCUCAAAGGGACCUACAAAUGGAGGAAUCACCUCUGCUGUUUCUCUCAAUGUAAAGAUAGACACAAGAGAAGAGCCAGAUAAGAUGAGCAUUGAACCUCCAUCACCGAACGUCUUGUCUAGCAUAGCUCUGUUCCAGUCCAAGUCCUUGACUGACUCUUCUGGUUCCCGAGGCUGGGAUAAAUCUCUAAAAUCUCCCAUCAGCACCCACAAAAUCAAUGUGACGGGCCUGCAGACUGAAGAACAAUGUACGAAAUCGCCCAUUUCAUCAACUUCAGAAGAACAAACCCAGGCCCCCAUUAAGGUCUCAGAACUGAAGAAGAGAUUUGAACAUUAGACCAUCAUAAAUCAAACAUAUUGAAGCAAAACGAUACUCAAGAACUGAAAAUGAAACUUUUUAGAUUGUCAUUUACAAGUCUACAUGAAACAACCCUUGCACCCCAUUUUGAUUCUUGUGAAGCAACAUUGCUGAGUCAAAGGAGAUAAAAUUAUCCAUUGGGUUUUUAUUGGAUUGUGGAAGGUUGGCGUUCCAAACUGAACUUUGUGUUUGUGGAAGGAUAUUUUUCUCAUGUAUAUGUUGGUUAAAACUCAACACUGACAUCAGUCAAUAAAGUCGAUUCAAAGGCAGUGCAAGUUAUUACAAUUUGGAUUUUUUUUUUUUUUUUGGAAUAAUGUACCCUGAACGUGCAUUAAAGUAAAUCAAGUCAUUUUUAACUUUCACUGUAACUAAAUACAGCAUGUUAUCAAAAUGAACUGAUUAAAGCACCAAU